UCAAUCACACUUUCAACUACAUACCCAUCACUAACCCAGCUACAACAUCUAAAAGAAGGCACUCAUCACCACCACUUUCUGUCAUCGACCUCUUGUCACCCACCCACGCUUCACCACCACCACUACCACCAUCGCCGCCGUCCCCCCCCCCCCAAAAAAAAAGAACCCCUCCCUUUUCCAAAAACCAACACAACCCGCCAAACCAGCAAAAGCACAACCGCGAAGAUGGUCAGAACCUCGUACGCUCCCUCCGCCUUUUCCGAGACCUCGACCGUGUGCUCCUUUGAGAAAGAACAUGAGGUGGCCUCCGUGUCGGCCGCCGCGGCACCGAAAGAACGACGCUCCAUGAGGCAGCGGGUCAAGAGGGCCCUCCGUGACGUCGGCCACCCGCCCACCUACCGCUACGACCUCGAGCACGGCGUCGAGACCCGAAGAACGGUUCCCGUCGGGCCCAUGGGCUACAACGUCCUCAAUCAACCGUCGCGCAUCUGAAACCGCGACCUGUUGCCGAUGAAAUCGGGGUUUCUUUUUGUAUGACUGUUCAUUGAUUUU